CUCACCUGUUGGAUUUGAGUUGGAUGACAACAGUGGACUGUGAGGAGUGGAAGAGAUCAUGGUUCCUCAACUGUGAGAGACAGGAACAAUCAGGACAGGCCGGGCUACAGUCAUCAAUGUCCAUCCAGGAGUGCCUAGAUGGCCCAAUGCUUGAGGACGAGGAGGGUGAGGAAGGCAGAGGGGUGGAGAGAGAGUCAGACAGAGACAGUGCGGUAGACAGCGCUCUGUCAUCGGUGAUAUCAGAUGGAGGGAGAACUGGAGAAAAAGAGGAAGGGAUUGGGCUUUGCCUCCCAGGAGAAAAGUUUAGUCAGAUGUGUAAUCGCUCCGAGACUUCUAAUCAAUCUACACAUUCAUCUGCCUCAUUAAAUGAGGAGCAGUUUGAGGACUAUGGAGAAGGAGAGGAUGGAGAAUACACUCCUAGCAACCCCUGUCCAGACGAUGAGAUCCGCAUUAAUGGAUGCUCAGAUCUGGGCUCCUCUGUUUCCUCUAGUGCUGGUCAGACUCCUCGGAAGAUGCGCCGCGCUGGUGACCAGAUGGAUGUGUUUUGCUCUCAGUGCUGUAAGAGGGUCAGUCUGCUCAAUGACCUGGAGAAUAGGCUGAAAAACCUCAAAACCAACAGCCCGAACAGAAAGAUCUCCAGCACUGCAUUUGGAAGGCAGCUGUUCCACAACAGUAACCUCAGCAGUAGUCACGGCAGCACAGAGGAUUUGUUCAAUGACAGCAUUGACUCCUGUGAACUAGACAUUACUGAGAAGGUGAGUUACUUGGACAAGAAAGUGACAGAGCUGGAAAAUGAGAUUCUGAUGAACGGGGAUGUAAAGUCCAAGCUGAAACAGGAAAACAUACAGUUGGUCCACAGGAUUCACGAAUUGGAGGAGCAGCUAAAAGACCAGGAGACCAGAGCAGAAAACAUGAUGGAGGAGGAGCUCAGGAGACACCGAGAGGCCUACAGUCGACUGGAGAAAGACAAGAACACACAGAUAGAGCUGCUUACAAAUCGACUGCAUCAUCUAGAGGAGGAAAAUGGAGAGAUGGCAAUGAAUAUGAUCAGACUAAAAUCCCAGACAGAUAAACUGGAUGAGGAGAGGCAGCGGAUGACAGAUAAGCUGGAGGAUACGAGCCUGCGGUUGAAGGAUGAGAUGGAUCUGUACAAGAAGAUGAUGGACAAGCUACGACAGAAUAGAAAUGAGUUUAAGAAGGAAAGAGAUACCAUGCAGGAGCUGAUUGAAGACCUUAGGCGAGAGCUGGAGCACCUCCAAGUGUACAAGCUGGAGGCAGAACGAAUGGGGCGUGUUCGCAGAUCUUCCAUUAGCCUAUCAGAAUACAGCACUCGAACACGUGAGAGUGAGUUGGAACAGGAGGUCAAGAGACUAAAACAGAGGAGUGUUUCCAAGGACAUGCCCUUUGACCUCCAGCAGCUUGUGUCUGCUCGGGCACGACUCUUUCCGAGUCUGAUGGAGAACCAAAAACUGAGAGAACAGAAUGAAGAUCUAAAUGGUCAGCUUCUCAGUCUGAGCCUCCAUGAGGCCAAAAACCUGUUUGCCACUCAGACAAAAGCGCAGUCUCUGGCCAUGGAGAUUGAUCAUGCCUCCCGUGACCAGUUGAUGGAAGCCCUAAAAGAACAAGAGGAGAUCAAUUUCCGUCUCAGGCAAUACAUGGACAAGAUCAUUUUAUCCAUUCUGGACCACAACCCAUCUAUUCUGGAAAUCAAAACCUAAAAGCCUGUCAUAAGCGGUUUAGAAACUUAACAGAGGACCUAGAGCUCCCCCUGAGGUCGCACUGAACCUCAAAUGACGUGUGCCUCUGAAUGCACAGUAACUACAAUGUGCUGGUGUUUUGUGCACCUAUCUCAUGUUACAAAAAUCUAAAAUAUACUGGUGAAAUAUUCAUGCACAUUUAAAGGGCAUUUUUGCUGCUCUGUACGACACAAGGGAGUUUUCACUGGAAUGGCAUUAUGGGUACUGAAUUGCACCAACUAAUAUGUGAAUAUUUUAGCACUGGGUGUUCACGCAGUGUAUUGUGUUAUAUGGAUGAUUGAUGCUUGCUGAGUUUGCACUGGAAUGUGAUGAGAAAGGGUUAUUGAUUAAAAAGAAAAAUAUUUGAUGGCCAUCAGAGCUUGUCCAUUCAGAGUUGCGAUAUAUGAUGAGAGGAAAGACAUUUUUGUAGGUGCAUAUGUAAGAAUUUUGUUGUAUGGCGUGUGGAGGAAAGGUAAGGAGAGACAAAUGAGAAGAAUAAAGGAGAGGUAAUCGGAGCUGGAACUGGAACUUGAUAACACUGCCUGUUGUAAAAGAAAUCCAUUUUGGAUGAGGGGAAUGCUCUAGUCUGCGUUUGCAAUGUAAGUUUGAGAUGUUUAUUCUGACAUUAAGUUGUAUGUGCUUCAAAAAGGAGUCAAAAUGCAGGAGGCUGAAUGUAAACUGUCAAUGUGAAUGAAUGUACCAAACAAGUAGUAUUUCAGGUUAUUUACAGGCAUAAUAGUUUAAGACCUGUCUGUUCAUCAGCUGAAUUAUGUUCUUAAUGGCCUUAAAAGGAACUUGCACUUGUUCUUCCAAACUAAAAUAUUUAAUAAUUUCUGAUGCACCUGAAAAUGCAUCAUGAGAUGAUCUGAUGCAUCAUCUCAUAAUUUUCUAUAAUCUGCAAAUGCGAUGGGUAAUGUGUUGAUCUAGGCCUACAUUUUUGGGUAUAUUAUGCAAUCCUGAAAAUGUUAUUGUACACAUUUUCUCAUCAUGUCUCCCUUUUCACUCACUAGUAGACCUAUUUUUUUGUUCUGUCACACAUUAAAUAAUUACUAAGCUACA